AUGCAACCUGAAGGUAUUAAAACUACUCUGGUGGCCUAUGGUUCAAAGGGAAAAAGUGAAGAAAUUGUUCUGUCUUCAGAUAAGCCAGAGUCUCCACAUUUCCUUCCAGGAGCUAUUGAUGAAUUUAUUAUUUUUAUCGAAAACAUUGGAGAUAUUUAUAAGAUUCGAGUCAAUGGUGAAGAAUUGGGAAGCUAUGUAGGUUGGCAUUUAGUGUCAAUAGCUUUGGAAGAUUUGAAAACAAAACAAGUCUUCAUUUUUAACUGCAACACCCAGCUGUCUGCUACUAAUGAAGACAAGGAGCUGGUGAAAGAAUUUUCUGUAGCAAAAGGAGGACAAAACCUGUUACCGGUGAACCAUUAUCUUGUUUAUGUACAUAUUGGUGAUCGUUGGGCAGCUGAAACCUAUGCUAAUGUAUUUGUAAUACUACAUGGUGAAAGAGGAGACACUGGAAUUAGAAAGCUUGAAAAGUCAUUAGUACAUGGAGAAAAGUUCCAACAAAGCAAGAUUGAUUCAUUCUUGGUGAAAGCAGUAUCUUUAGGCCAACUGACGAAGGUGGUCAUAGGUCAUGAUGGAGAAGGCUACGGUGCUGGAAUGUAUCUGAAGAUGGUAAUAGUGCGUGAAUCAAAGGAUGCAAACAGGGAAUGGGUGUUUCCUUGCUGGAGUUGGCUCGAUGACCACAUUGGAACUAAACAAACAAUUUGUGAAUUAACAUUGUUAGGUGAAAGACUUACUGUCAGACCCAAGGGUGUAAUGGAGCAGUCAUCAGAUAUAUGGUUAAUGGAUAUCUCAAGUUCAGAUGUGAAAAAUAAUCCUGGUCUGCAGAUAAUAAUAAAUGUUUAUGGGAAAGACGGUCAGAGGAUGUUCACAGUUGGAAUUGCAGAUGAGCUGACACAAGCUGAAUUGGGAGGUGUGGGAUUAGUUUACAAGCUUCGUGUUACUCCCAAAGCCAAUGGCCGGAGGCAGCCGUGGAAAUUAGAUUCCAUCAAUCUGAAGCGUACUGCCACGAAAGAGGAGCUAUGGUUUACAUUUAAUUGGUGGAUUAAACCCAAUGUCAUUCAAGGCAAGGAACUGCCCGCACUGAAUCCUUUGGAAGAUCCACUUCCUGUUGUGGAAUACAGUGUUCAUAUACACACUGGAGAUGAAGCAAAUGCAGGUGCUGUUGGAACAGUUUUCAUUAUUGUCCAUGGAGACAAGGGAGACUCUGGAAAACAAUGGCUGACAAAAUCUAAUUCAGAACUUGUCACUUUUGAUAGAGGAAAGGUGGACAUAUUCAGAUUUAGUGCAGUGUACCUUGGAAAACUCCAUGAUAUUGUUAUUGGAUACAAUAGCCAGAGAAAAGAUCACUGGUUCCUGGAGAAAGCUGUGAUAACAGAAGGGGAAAUGCCUGUUUCUAGAUUUAUUUUUGUCCACAAUGACUGGAUAGGCAAACAUCAAAAGGUUGAUGAAUUCUCUGAAGUAAUUAUCCAUAUUAAAGAAUCUGCUGACAUUUUCACUAAUCCCUUGAAGCAUGUUACAAUUGACCGCAAAGAACGUUGGAACAUAUGGAUACUUAGGAUGGCUGACAGUAGUGGAAUAAUACAAAAGCCAGAAAUUUUCAUGGUAGUAUUUGGAACAAAGGGUAAAACUGCUUUGCUAGAAAUUCCAAAUAUGAAAAAUAUUCCAUUUGAAGUAAGCCUUAAAGGGAUUGGUGAAAUCAAAAAGGUCUCCUUUGUGUUACUAAACCCUUACCGACAUAAGGGGAUAAGACUAUUUAAGCUGCGUAUGAAGAACCUGAAAACAAAACAAGAACUGGGAUUUAACACAUCACGUCGUUGGUUGUUUAGAGAACGUGGAACUGAAACUGUGACAGAGCUAGCAGCUGUUCAACCCGACCGACAACCACUGAGAGAUAUCUUGUAUUCGGUUCAAGUGUUCACUGGGGACGUUCCUGCAGCAAGCACUGAUACAGAUGUUUUCGUUAUGAUCGUUGGUGAGCAUGGAGAUACUUGCAAAAGGAGACUUGGGCAUCCUAAUGCUAAACCUUUUGAAAAACAUCAGGUUAGCAAUUUUCAUAUACAAGCUGUAGACCUGGGUAUUCCAACAGAAGUCCAUGUUGGCCACAAUGCUACUGGAUAUGGGGCUGGCUGGUAUCUAGAUGCAAUCACAGUGAUGGAACCAGCUGAGAAUAAAGGAACCAAUGAAUAUGUAUUUCCAUGUGAACAAUGGCUAGAUAAUGAAGUUGCUGAUAGACAAACUAAACGGAUGUUAAAGCUUCUUGGAAAGGUCAGCAACGAAAGUAAAAUGCUGACAGAAAGUCUUCAGGGAAGCUGGGAUGUCUUUGUCGUCACCAGUGACAUGCCAAACAGUGGCACAGAUGUAGAAGUAAUACUGACUAUUUGCUGCAAAAAUGGUUCCGCUGCCCCCAUAAUUCUUAAGAAAGGGUCUUUGAACAGAGGUUGUACAUACCAGACCUCCAUAAGCAUUGAUGACCAGCUAGGAACCAUCACUAAAGUAAGGCUGGAAAGAGAGGAAUCCAAGAAUGAAGAUUUUUGGCAUUGUCAGAAGGUUAACGUACUGAUAAUUGAGUCAGUUGAUGUUGGUGAACUUCGGGCACUAACCAUCCAAAUGAAAGGAGGUUUUGAUUUAUACCUGAAGAAAAUUAUUGUUCAGGAAGGAAAAUAUGCAAUGGUAGAACAUAUAUUUAUGCAUCAGCAAAAUGAGGAGCUGGUCAUUGACUUCAAGAAGCAGAGAGGAGAGGAUGCCCUUGUCUGCUUCAGUGGUGCUGAAGUGGAGAUGGCUGAGUGCGUCAAGCUCCUGGAAGUUAAUAUCCCAGAAGAUAUAGGCAAUCCCUGGAAAAUUCGUCUAGGACUUGGAAAACCAGGAAAAAAAACAGCUCCAGCAACUUCUUCAAUAUCACUCCGCUAUUUUAAAAUGCAAAACAUAACUAAUCUAGCCACAUUUAGCUAUUCUAUAAAUGAAAGCCUUCCUGUAGAAUCUAAUAAUGAUAAGUGCCUUGAGUUCCCAGUAGAAUGGCCAUAUAAACCUACCAUGUCUGUUCUCACAUAUCAGAUAACGAUGUAUUGCAGUGACUUUUUAGACAUAGAACAUCCUGCUUCUAUUUCUUUGUGUUUAUAUGGGGUGAAUGGUGAUACAGGAGACAGAAGCCUGAGCAAACCUUUACGCAAAGAAACAGGAGCUAGUCAGUCAUAUUUAUUUGAAAUUAGUGCUGUGGAGCUGGGUGAACUAAACACACUUGAAUUGUAUAUCAGCAGUCCGAAGAAUCUCAAGAUGUAUGUUAAAGAGAUAUAUGUAACUGAAGUUACUUCUCCAAGGCUGACUUAUGUUUUUACACUAGAUGAGUAUAUUACUGUUCAUUCCAAAAGACUUCCCAUUAUAAAGAAAGUUCCAUUAUCUGGUAUGCUUAGCAGUGAUUACAGGAAACCAUCUUCUGUUCUCUCAGUGAAGGACACAGAUAUAACUGGAGCUCCAAAUGAAGUAGAUGAAUACUUAGUCCAAGUCUACACUGGAGAUAAUUUUGGAGACAGGACAAAUGCUAAUGUUUAUCUUGUUUUAUUUGGUGACAAGGCAUGUUCAGACAAGAUUCCUUUAACACAAACACUUGAUCAUAAAGAUCCAUUUAGAAAAGGACAAAUUGACACAUUCAAAUUCAAAACAGAUCUUUUGGGGAGCCUUUACAAAAUUGAAAUUGGUCAUGAUGGAGGGAAACCUGGAAGUGGAUGGUUCCUUGAAAAGAUUGGGAUAACUAACUUAAUUACCAAUGAAAACCUUGUCUUUCCAUUUAACAGUUCGUUGCCGUUCACUGUCAAGAUUACCAUUGCUUGGAAAUGCUAUGAUGCUAUGCAAAUUUGUCUACCUCUGGAGACAUCAGCAGCAUUACACAAUUAG